CGCGCGCGCCGCGCACGGAACCCUAAGCCCUAACCGCCCCAUCGCCGUCGCAAAGGAAAUGGGGGCACCUCAGGCCGCCCUGGCCUCCACCUCCGCCGCGCCCCCGGCGGCGCGGCGCGGUUCCACUCGCCUGAUCGACCCCCCACGUCGGGACGACGAUCAGGAUCAGCUCCCGUGUUCCGAGACCGCCUCGACGUCAUCGCAGCCCCAACGCCGCUCCACAAGCCUGAUCAGGAUCUGGCGGCGGGUCUCUCAACCGACCCCACCCUCGCGCGCGUCUACGCCACCGCCAGCGGCCGAGGCGGACGCGCCUUCUUCAUCCGGCGCGGUAACUCCGCGCCGCUCGGUCCGAGUCCAACUCCGUGUCCGCGGCCUCCCCUCGGCGUCGUCUCCCUCCACUCCGAGGAGGCGUCGCAGGUCCCCUACGGCUCUCCCACCCACGUCGAUUGGCGCGAAAGCGGAGGAUUGGGGUAAGGAGAAGGCGGCGUCGGGUGCCCCCGAGGAGGAGUGCGUCCUUCCUUUUCUCCGGAAAGGCGCCCCCAGGAAGGUUGAGUGCCUGAUUUGCUCAAAGAGUAUUCUGCCUGAUGAAAGGAUGCAAUGUUCAGUUAAUCACUGUGAUGUAACUUUGCACAAGGCUUGUUCAGAAGAAACUGAUGGAUGCUGCCCUCGGCACGUGAGUUGUCUGAAACCAAGCUUUAGAUUUGUUUUUGCUGCAAAAGGAGGACAUCUAGACACCGCAUACAACGCACAAUGCCUGUUUGUACUGAAUGUUUACUAAAGAACAGGAUGGUUGAUUCUGAAGAUCUUUCAAGGAAAAUGAUUUGUUGGAGUAUUUGGCCAUCAACAAGUGAGGUUGAUGCCAUGCUGCAUACACAUUAUUUUCUGCUUUGUUUUCAGUUACCCAUAUAUAUGUGUUGUUAGCAUCUUCAAUCCCUGUGAAAUGAAAAUAUAAUAUUGAAUGGUCCAUAAGGAAAUUAUCGAGACCUUUA